AAACAGACAGUGUUUGCUUGUCUGGUGGUGGACACGCCUGUGCUCGUGUUGGAACGAGUCCUGUGAAGGUGGAAUCACACGCUGGAGACUCCCUCCAGAACCUGCGAAAAACCGACUUGACGCUGUUGUCUAGCAGGAUUGGAGCACAUCUCCACAAGACAGGAUGCCAGAAACGGCGGAGGCAGUGUCAGCGACUCUCACCAGCAACAGGAACUGCACCGUGGAAAUAACGAACGUCAGCAGCGGCUACUGCCUCAUCAACCCCAGGGUCUACAUGUCGAGCGGCUUCUGCCAGCACCCGCCGCAGCCCACCGUGCGCGUGGGCCGCACCGAGGUGUGCUCCUUCACCAAGGACGACAACACGGCCACGGGCGCCGUGGGCCUGCUGACCUACGACCUCUUCCACAUGCAGAGCCGCGCGUGCUCCGAGCGCCUGGCCCUCAUGUUCUCCGUGCCCUUCGACCACAACCUGUACCGGAACCGGCUGGCGGUGGGCGUGCUGGAGCGGGCCUGCGCCUGCGACAGGGCCCUGUACGAGCGCAUGUACGACGGGAAGGACGGCGGCGGCGGCGGCGGCUUCGCCCGCGCCGACGCCAGCGGCGGCGGGCUGGAGCACGCGGCCGCGUCCGUGGACGUGAGGGCGACCAUGUCCACCGUCGGCAGAGCCAUCGUUAAAGUGGAGCUCUUUGAUAAAAUGGGCCGGUAGCGCUCGGCCUGGGCGGUUCCACCCAGACGGACGUCGGGAGACGGGAGAUGAGUGAUUUCGCUGUCAUCCCCAUUUUGUGUCCGCUGAAAGAUAUCAGUAUCUGACAGGCAGCCCAUUGAUUCUCCAUUAGCUCAUUCCUUGGGCUCGUGUACACUCCACGCUCCCUUUUCUGAUUAUGGUAAUAAAACAUCAAGAUCCAA